UCUGCUAACACAGCGAGCCCUGUCCCUCUAUAAAAAGGCAAAGAGUAGCCCAGGAGCCAUCACAGACUCAGAGGAGACAGACUCUGAGUGAAGCUCCUGCAACACCUGUCUGCUGAGCCCAGGAGAGAAGGAUGAAGUUCGCUUUCCAUGCCGCGCUGUGCUUGGGGAUAUUGGUGCUCUGUCUUGCCGACCUUCCAGCCCAAAGUUCCAUCCGAUGGUGCACAAUAUCUGAUGCAGAGCAGAAGAAAUGUGUGGAAUUGAAGACGAAAAUGUCCUCAACCGCUUCAUUAGACUGUGUGAAGAAGCUAACUUACUCUGACUGCAUAAAAGCUAUUGCGGAGAAUGAAGCAGAUGCCAUUAGUCUGGAUGGUGGCCACAUUUUCGAAGCACACCUUGCCCCGUAUAAUCUGAAGCCUGUUGUGGCUGAGGUCCAUGGCACAGGAAAAGAUGCGACCACCAGCUACUAUGCUGUGGCAGUGGUGAAGAAAGGAACCGACUUCACAAUAAGGGAACUUAAAGGGAAGAAAUCCUGCCACACAGGGUUGGACAGGUCUGCUGGCUGGGUCAUUCCCAUUGGGACCCUCUUGUACCAUCAAAUCCUAUCCUGGGAUAGAGCCUCUCCCAUAACCCACGCUGUGGCCCAGUUUUUCUCAGCCAGCUGCGUCCCUGGUGCCCCUGCAAAUGAACCAAAUCUGUGCCGCUUAUGCCCUGGGACAGGUGCUCAAAAAUGUUCCCGUACUGGGCCUUAUUCUGGCUAUUCUGGAGCCUUUCAGUGUCUGAAAGAUGGAGUUGGAGAUGUAGCUUUUGUCAAACAGAUAACUGUUCUAGAAAAUGACCCAAGUGGGAAAGACAAGUAUGAACUGCUGUGUGAAGAUGGUUCCCGGAAGCCUGUAGAUAAGUAUCAUGAGUGUUACUGGGCCAAAGUUGCUGCUCAUGCUGUUGUGGCUCGAAGUGUUGAUGGCCGGGCUGACGAGAUCUGGAGCUUCCUCUCUCAGGCAGAGGCAAAGUACGGCAAGAACACAAAAGAGAGCUUCAAACUCUUCAGCUCUCCUCAUGGGAAAGAUCUGCUUUUUAAGGACUCUGCUUCCAAUUUUAUCCGUGUCCCUCGACUGAUGGAUGCCCAGUUCUAUCUGGGCUACCAGUACUGGGCUGCUAUUCAGAGUCUCAGGCCAGAAACUCCUGAAGCCCCUUCGAAAAAGGUGAAGUGGUGCACAAUAAGUAAAGAUGAGAAGGCCAAGUGUGAUGAAUGGAGUGCAGUGAGUGAAGGCUGCCUGGACUGUGCAGUGGCAGAAACAACAGAGGACUGCAUUGCCAAGAUAGCGAAAGGUGAUGCGGACGCCAUAAGCUUGGAUGGAGGUCAUGUCUACACAGCUGGUGUAUGUGGUUUGGUGCCAGUCAUGGGAGAAUACUACGGGGCUGACUUUGGCCGAUGCCAGAAAGAAGAACGCGGAGAAACAUAUUAUGCUGUGGCUGUGGCGAAGAAAUCCAACCCCGGUAUCACCUGGAAGACCCUGCGUGGUAAGAAGUCUUGUCAUACAGGUGUUGGGAGAACUGCUGGCUGGAAUGUCCCCAUGGGCUUGAUUCACAAUGAAACCGGGAGCUGCGACUUUGAUAAGUUCUUCAGUAAAAGCUGUGCUCCUGGAUCUCCAGUUACCUCACCACUCUGCGAGCUGUGUGUGGGCUCAGGCAGCAAGCUCCCACCAAAUUACACAUGUGCCGCCAACAGCAAUGAGAGAUACUAUGGAUACAGUGGGGCCUUCCGGUGCCUGGUUGAAAAGGGAGACGUGGCCUUUGUUAAGCACACCAUUGUCAAUGAGAGCACCGAUGGACAUAAUCCUGCUGAAUGGGCAAAGGGGCUGAAAAGUGACCAAUUCGAGUUGCUGUGCCGGGAUGGAACACGCGCCAGUCCUAAUGAUUACAAGAAAUGCCACCUGGCUCUUGUUCCUGCCCAUGCUGUGGUCACACGUCCAGACAGAGCAGCUGAUGUCCGUAAGAUGCUGAUAAAGCAAGAGAAACUGUAUGGAACCCGUGGAAAUCAGACAGAUCUAUUCCAGAUGUUUCAGUCUAAAACCAAGGACCUUUUAUUCAAGGAUUCCACCUCGUGCCUGAUUAAACUCUCCACAGGAACAACCUAUAAGGAGUUCCUGGGAACAGAGUACCUUGAUUCUGUUUCUAGUCUCAAUAAGUGCUCACCAUCAGAACUCCUCCAGGUCUGCAGCUUCAGUGACUUGGACGGACACGUGGCUGCCAGAGCCGGGCGGGCGAUGGCGCCGGAGGGCGACCAGCGAAGCGGGCUGCAGCCUUACCUGGACUCGCUGCGGCAGGAGCUGCAGGUGCCGAACGCGACCCUGCUCUCGGUGCUGCUGGCGCUGCUGGCCGUGGCCCUGACCCUUCUGGUUUGGAAACUUAUCCAGGGCAGGAAGAGCAGCCGGAGGACAGUGCUUCUGGUAGGCCUUUGUGACUCAGGAAAAACACUGCUAUUUGUCCGACUGUUAACAGGCACUUACCGAAACACCCAGACCUCCAUAACUGAUAGCUCUGCUGUUUACAGAGUCAGUAAUGACAAGGGCUCUAGUGUGACGCUGGUUGACCUCCCAGGCCAUGAGAGCUUGCGACUUCAGUUCUUGGAGAGGUUCAAAGCUACAGCUAGAGCAAUCGUGUUUGUCGUGGACAGCGUAGCGUUCCAGCGGGAGGUGAAGGAUGUGGCAGAGUUCCUGUACCAGGUCCUGACUGACUGCACUGUGCUGAAAAACACUCUGCCACUGCUGAUAGCCUGCAACAAGCAAGAUAUCACGAUGGCAAAAUCGGCCAAGCUUAUUCAGCAGCAGCUGGAGAAAGAACUCAACACCUUACGAGUGACUCGCUCAGCUGCCCCCAGCACCUUGGACGGCUCGACCUCCAGUGGGACUGCUCAGCUGGGGAAGAAGGGCAAGGAGUUUGACUUCUCACAGCUGCCCAUGAAGGUGGAGCUGGUGGAGUGCAGCGCCAGAGGCAGCAAGGCGGAGGAAGGCAGUGCUGACAUCGAGGACUUGGAGAAAUGGCUGGCCAGGAUUGCCUGAAAGCUGGGCUGGGCGGGAGGCAGAAACUAUCAAAGGGGAAACUAAUGAUAAAGGCAUUUGGCAUCUGAUACAGAAGUACUGAUGGAAAGGGGUGGGGCCCAGAAUGUAAUCUUGCUAUGGAAAGAACUUCAGGCAUGCGCCAGCAGUAAAGGCACUGUUACCUUCA